CUAAAAAUAUCAUUUAAUCAUACAUAAAAAUCAAGAAAUAUUCAUAUUUAAAGAGCUUAUGUAAGCUUUGUGAAAAUUUGAACAUAUAAGCAAAAAAGUAAAAACUCAUAGCAGCUUGAAACUUGAAGAAGAUCUCAACAAUGUCUAUACCAACAAGGAGGCUACAUGGGAAGGUGGCUAUCAUAACGGGAGCUGCCAACGGCAUCGGUGAAGAGACGGCAAGGGUGUUUGCAGCCAAUGGUGCUUUUGUUGUUGUAGCCGACAUCGACGACGAACUAGGGCAGCAAGUGGUUGCAUCCAUUGGCAUUGACCAAGCCAGCUUUUGUCACUGUGAUGUGAGAGACGAGAAGCAAGUUGAAGAAAUGGUGAGCUACACCGUCCAAAAGCAUGGCCGCCUUGACAUUCUUGUCAGCAAUGCUGGCAUCGCGGGCGCUUCCUCCUCAAUUCUUGAGCUUGACAUGUCCAACUUUGACAACGUAAUUUCGACUAACGUCCGUGGAGUGGUUGCGACGAUCAAGCAUGCUGCACGGGCAAUGGUGAAGCAAAAUAUACGAGGGUCGAUCAUUUGUGUGGCGAGCACGGCAGCGCAAAUUGCCGUGAAUUUAUCGUAUAUGUCAUACACAAGCUCAAAACAUGCAGUAUUGGGGGUGGUGAGGUCGAGUUGCGGGGAGCUCGGGGCAUACGGGAUUAGGGUGAACUGCGUUUCGCCACAUGGGGUGGCGACACCGAUGACUAUUCGAGGUUUGAACUUGGAAGCGACUGAGUUUGAAGAGAUUGUUUGUUCAAAGGCAAGCUUGAAGGGUGUGGUGUUGAAGGCUAGCCAUAUAGCUGAGGCUGCUCUGUUUCUUGCAUCCGAUGAAUCAGUUUAUAUAAGUGGUCAAGACUUGGUUGUCGAUGGAGGCUACACGGCGGUCAAAGCAUUACUGUGAUGUCCCUCUUUUAUUGUAUGAUUUCAACUGAUAAUGUAUUUUUUAGAACAUUUUUAGCUUUGAGAUUAGCAUGUUUAAUUUGAGAUUAAAUAAAACUUAAUCGUUCCAUAAUGAUCAUUAUGAAAA